AUGCGUGGAAGGCAGAGGCGUUGGAUUGCCUGUGGAAUUACAGGGCUGAGUUCCAGCGGAGGUGGCCGCGCAUGUCACUCUCGAAGAGUCGAGCUAGCUUCGAGAGGAAGCUCGGGCCCCUGCUCGAAGCAGAGGUAUCUUGGCGGGAGGAAGUGCGAGGGCCUCACAAGCGCCUGGUGCUGGCACUUGAACCAGAGCGAGUCUGCCACAGGCUCAUCUGGGCCGUGGGAGACGCGAUCCCGCCAGAGCAGAUCCUCUUCGACAUCCAGCGGGGCCUCAAGAGGCGCUUUCCACAUUGUAACAUCCGAUGUGCCGACGGUCUUUGGUCUUCGGCUGGCAUCUUCCAGAUCUUCUUCAUCCAGCACGGUGGCGGACUCUCUUCACAAUCCUGCUGCUGCUCGGCGCCCGCUCCCUGCUGAGCGCGGUGCCCGCCAUCCAGCAGGCCAUGGCGGCCCCGACCAGCCCCAGGGGGCAAAACGUGGACGUGACGGUGCUUUCCCGGGAGGAUCGAACAGAAUGGACCAGCUUGCCGCGCGCCUCUUGCUGACAGGCAGCCUGAUGCAGCUCUGGCUGCUGCACGCCGUGGCCGCGGCGUUCCCGCUGCGGUCCCUGCACAGCCCCUUCAGGCGGGACCUGGGCUGCCUGGCCGCGUACUCCCGCACCGCCUCGGUGCUGUUCCGCUACCUGGGGCCGCUUUCCGCGCUGCCCCUGCCCGUGGCCAUGGCCAUCCGGUGGAACCGCAUGGGGCGCUGGGUCGGGCAGAUCGCCGUGCUGCUGGUUCCCACUGCCGAGCGGCAGGUGGGCUGGCACACCCUGUCCUUCUGUUGGGCGGCGUCGCUGCCGGUGCUGACCACCGCUGCUGCCUGGAGCGUGCGAUCUUCGCUCUAUUCGCACCACCACCUGUUCAUUACCCUUACCUUCCUCUGCCACCUGACAGCCGCACUGUGUUUUGCUGUCUCGCUCGAGCUGGUGAAGUGGGCUGUGCUGGGCGUGGGCGGCAUCAUCGCGAUCGGUGUCCUCCUUUUCGCGAGGUACACCGCUGAGUUUACGAGUGGGAGCCUUUUGAAAGCGGCUCAGCUUCAGUGGGCUUGCGCACACGUGGUCCCUAUUCUAGGUGUCGUGCUUGCUGCCGCUCUGGAGGUGGAAGCAGGUGUUGCGAUGGCUCUCAUCGAGUAUAUCUGCGGGAGCCAGGACAUCGUCCCGGUCAAGAUGUGCAUAAGGUCUUACUUUCGCAGGUCGCGGCUCGCGGUGAUGCAAGAGCCAUCGUGCUACGCGGCCACACUUGCGGCCACCGGCCCCAGUCACGAUGCCGCUUGGGUACGGUUGGACGGGGCUCCACGGCCCUGCGACCUGCGGCUCGUGGCCUUCUCGUGGCUGCCCCUGCGCGUGAGCGGAGGCUCGCGGCUUCAGUCGCGGCAGCAAGAGGAGGCAGGGGAGCUCGGAAAGGAGACGGAGGACGAGUCGGAGGUAUUGGGCAUGUUCGACCUCGGGCUCACCCCUCGACAGCUGGACCGACUGACAGGGCAGAUUUUCCUGGGUGUGGCUGGCAACCAGGACAUGGCGUCGGGCGGCGACUCUGAGCCUAUCAAAAUCAACGUGCAGUCCUUCCUGGGCCGCUUCUGCCUGGUCUACAAGACGGCGGGCGCGAAGCUCGAGAAGUGGAUGCUGGACGCCCUCGACGAGGUCGCGAAGCUGAUCAUGCGGACGCCCGCCCAAGACCUCGUGUCGGACAGACCUGGACAAGGCGGCGAUGACGAUCCAGAGGAACUUCCGAGGCUCACAAGCCAGGAGAAGGAAGUGAAGGGCCUGAAGGGCCAGGACGGGACGAGCAGCAAAGACCUCAUGUCGGCGGGCACUCCGGCCCAGCCAGGCAGAAGGCGAGCGCGUCGCCGCCGCCGUCGAAGCCGCCGACCUCGCCCACGGCCACGAAAGGGACUUGAAAGCCGGCGGCGCUGCCCAAGGCGACGUGACCACCGGUUUGCCGAAGAUGCAGUCGCUCUUCAGAGCCCUGGAGACGCGUCCGGGGACGGCGUGCUGGAGAUCCAGGAGUUCGUCAAGGGUUUCGCCAAAGUCAAGGGCAUCACGGACGACUUGGUGGUGGACGGCGAGUCCCUCACCAGCGAAAGGAUCCUCUCCAUCGCGAAGGCGAUCGACUACACGGGCAACGGGACCAUCAACUAUAUGGAGUUCCUGCAGGCGUUCGAGACCUCGGGGGAGGGGCAGCAGGACAUUGGCGACACCCUGGCCGCAGGACAUCACGACGCUGCUGUUCCGCCACCGCCUGGCCAUCCGCAUGGGCUGCCUGUACCUCGACGAGGAGGCGUGUGGCAAGGUCAAGGCGUCGGAUUUCACUAA